AUGCCAAUGAAGAAGGAUGUUCUGCCAGCAAGUUCAAGCUCCUUCUGGACCCUGUCUAAACCACAGCAGGCCUGUAUGAAGAUGACUUUGUUUGUGGUCAGUGCACCGUUACUGCUGAUUAUUUCUGUGGCUUCUGUCAGUGCACAGAACUACCCCCUGGGCAUGGCUGAAAAUUCUGUGGAUGAUGACUUUGUUGGCUGUGAAAAGAAUAUGGAAAACACAGUGGUGUCAAAGUAUAUUAAACUUGAAAAAAUGAACACUCCUGGCUUUGCAGCAGCCUGGGAAAAAGCACUUAACCUAUGCCCCAAAGAUGUACCAAACAGAAACCAGUGUGCAGCCAUGUACCUGUACACAGGUGAAAAAAAGGGAAAUAGUUCAUUUAAACAAUUUAACGCUGCUACUCAUAACGGAAAAGAAGCAUACAAGUCCGAUAAGUUCCAGUUUUACACGCUGUUUUUCUACCUGACUGAUGCCGUUAAACAACUCAAACUAAAAGAGUGUCUGACUGUAUAUCGCAGAACUAAUUAUACAUAUCCAACAGACGUUCUCAAUAAAGAGAUUCGAUUUGGGUCGUUCGCCUCCACCUCUUUAGUGGAGCCUCCACUUCAUUUUGGUAAUAAAUCCUGUUUUGAAGUGGAGACGUGUUUCGGAGCUAAUGUGACAAACAAUUCAAGAUUUUCGCAUGAGCGUGAGGUGCUAAUCCCCCCGUACGAGGUCUUUCGCGUCACAAAAAUUACAAAAAAAGACAAACAAAACAAAGACCUGUGGUGUGAUGUGGUUUAUGAACUCAAAAGUACUAAUUAUACUAAGAGUGACCUUAAUUGUGCAAAAGUGCCAUCUUAA